AUGUUGCACAGCUGUUCUGUGACAGCCAUCGGAGUACUUCUCAAUGCAUUUAUUAUGACAAAAAUCCUUAUUUGGUGGCUGACGGGUCAAACUCUUCAAACCAUUGACACUAUCAUGGCCAGCCUGGGAGCGGUGAGGAUCAUUCUUCUAAUUAUGUGUCUCAAGGAGGCUGCUAGGGCAACUAUUGCUCACUCAUUUGUGACAAUAGAGGAUUCUAUAUAUUAUAUCACAUCAUCUAUGUCUGUGGCAUUCUGCAGCCUGUGGUGGGGCACCGUGCUCUGCGUGUUCUACUGCGUGAAGAUCACAAGCUACAGCAACAGAUUAUUCAUGAGACUUAAGAUGAACAUCUCCAGGAUGGUCCCCUGGCUGCUCCUGACAUCACUGCUGGUGUCUAUUCUCUCCAGUCUUCCCAACAUAUGGUACAUGUACCCAGGAAGCCACAUGAAUUCUACCCAGGAUAGUAACAGCUCUAGCUUUGGAGAUGUAACUGUAGAUGUCAAUUCUGAAAAUGUAUUUAUCAUCUUUUUCAUGGGAACUUUGGUACCAUUCCUCAUAUUCUGCACAGCCAUUUAUCUUCUGAUUGCAUCACUCCUGAAACACACCCAGAAUAUAAGCAGCAAAGAUUCAGGGUUCACUAAUACCCAAUUAGACUCCCACAUAAGGGCCAUUAGAAACAUGGUCUCUUUUCUGUUCUUAUAUGCUCUGUACUUUAUAAGUUCAAACUUGAUGAUUUUAUAUUACCAAUCAGGAAAUCCAGCCUAUAUAUUGGUGUGCACUAUCUGCACCUCUGCCUACCCAAGCUUGCACUCUGUUGUAUUAAUAACCAGCAAUGCAAAACUGAAGCGCUCUUUCCUUGCUGCUCUGUGCUGUGCACGAACCAUCAAUUAUCAAGCCAAGUGUCUCAUUUUUGGCUUUCCAAGCCACAUUUUGUUUUCUGCCAAGUCGGCUUUUUUUGAGUUAUUUGUACAAGGCCAAUUUCCACCACAUUUAUUGAGCAGGUGUCUCAUUUUUGGCUCUCCAAGCCACAUUUUGUUUUCUGCCAAGUCGGCUUUUUUUGAGUUAUUUGUACAAGGCCAAUUUCCCCCACAUUUAUUGAGCAGAAAUGUCGUAUGCUCCUGCAGUAAGUUAACACCCAUACACUUUGACUUUGAUUAUGGCUGA